CGGCAGAUGCAGUAGCGUAAAGGACAGUAGAUAUGGGCUGAUUGUAACUAGAGGUUAGGGCGUGCAUGUGUGUGUAUGUGUGGGAGGUGUUGUGGGAGGUGGUGUGUGUGUGCGUGCGUGCAUGUUGCAGUAGUACUGCGUAGUGCUGUCACAGUCAAAGACGGGGUAGCACACACACACACUCUCUCUUGCAUACAGACACUUCAUUCUGUACGGACCUGUUUUUUUGUAUAGGGGAUUUUCCAGGCUACAUUUUGCCGUAUGCUGAAGACAGGAUAUCGUAUGUGCAGUUUCCGUCUGAGUUUAUCUCCUCGCUGCAUCUCUUUCCUGGGGACGUGUGUGUGGACUACCUGUCUGUCAUUCUAAUGAGGGAUCUGCACUGCACUGGAGGAAAAACUGAAAAGAAAAACUGGAGCGUCCUGCGCUAAAGCUAAAACGAACCUUCUCCAGACUCUCUCUGAGGAUGUAUUGAUAGGAGACUGAAUGAAUGGAGAGCGUACAGAAGUGUCAAUAAUUUCCCUCACCCAGUUGCACCAUCCUAGUGCAGCGAUGGAGGAAACAGUUAUAUGGGAGCAGCACACGGUGACACUUCACAGGGCACCAGGCUUUGGGUUUGGGAUCGCAAUCUCAGGAGGCCGAGAUAACCCUCAUUUCCAGAGUGGAGAGACGUCCAUCGUCAUCUCAGACGUUCUGAAAGGAGGACCAGCGGAGGGGCUUCUACAAGAGAAUGACAGAGUGGUUAUGGUUAAUGCUGUCUCCAUGGAUAAUGUGGAACAUGCCUACGCUGUUCAGCAGCUGAGGAAGAGUGGCAAGAAUGCCAAAAUUACAAUACGCCGGAAGCGAAAGGUUCAGAUCCCGGUGGCUCGGCUGGGCGACAGAGAGACGAUGUCAGAGCGCGAGGAGGACAGCGAGGAUGAUGAUUAUGAGGGCCCAGGGGCAGGAGCUGGGGGUGCCAGUGGGGGCUCAAGCAGACGGAAUGAUCGAAGCGGCAGCGGGGGCCGGAGGGACCACAGCGCCUCGAGAGAAAGGAGCACUUCUCCACGGUCUGACAGACGCUCCGUUGCCUCAAACAUCCCACCACGGCCUGCCAAAGUCACACUUGUAAAGUCCCGUAAGAAUGAAGAAUAUGGUCUGCGCCUGGCCAGCCACAUCUUUGUGAAGGACAUUUCCCCAGAAAGCCUGGCAGCCCGUGAUGGAAACAUACAGGAGGGAGACGUAGUGCUGAAGAUCAAUGGCACAGUGACAGAGAACCUGUCUCUGAUAGAUGCUAAGAAACUGAUUGAGCGCUCGAAAGGCAAGCUGAAAAUGGUGGUACAGCGAGACGAGAGAGCGACGCUCCUCAACAUUCCUGAUAUAGACGACAGCAUUCCCUCUGGCAACUCUGAUAGAGAUGACAUUUCAGAGAUUCAUUCACUGACAUCAGACCAUUCUCAUGACCGAACACGCGGCAGUCGCUCUCGCUCGCCAGACAAGCGCUCCGAGCCAUCGGAUAUCUCCGGCCAGUCGCCCCAACAAAUCAGCAAUGGAAGCCACAGAAGUCGUGAUGAGGAGCGAAUCUCGAAGCCAGCGGCGGUGUCCACUCCUGUUAAGAUGGUGGAAGAUGCACUGCUAGUGCCAGCCAGCGAACAGGGAGACAAACAGAUACCCCCAUUGCCAGAGCCAAAGCCAGUGUAUGCCCAGCCUGGCCAGCCAGAUGUAGAUCUGCCGGUCAGUCCAUCUGAUGCCCCUGUGCCCAGUCCUGCCCAUGAUGACAGCAUUCUGCGGCCUAGCAUGAAGCUAGUGAAGUUCCGGAAGGGAGAGAGUGUGGGAUUAAGGCUGGCUGGAGGUAACGAUGUGGGCAUCUUUGUGGCUGGAGUUCUGGAAGACAGUCCUGCUGCUAAAGAGGGUUUGGAGGAGGGAGAUCAGAUACUCAGGGUAAACAAUGUCGACUUUGCAAACAUCAUCCGAGAGGAAGCCGUGCUGUUUCUGCUGGACCUGCCCAGAGGCGAAGAGGUCACCAUCCUGGCUCAGAAGAAGAAGGAUGUGUAUCGACGAAUUGUGGAGUCGGACGUGGGCGAUUCAUUCUAUAUCCGGACCCAUUUUGAAUACGAGAAGGAAUCUCCGUACGGCCUCAGUUUUAACAAAGGCGAGGUGUUCAGAGUGGUGGACACACUGUAUAACGGCAAGCUCGGCUCCUGGCUGGCCAUACGCAUCGGAAAAAAACACCAGGAGGUAGAGAGGGGCAUUAUCCCCAACAAGAACAGGGCAGAGCAGUUGUCCAGCGUCCAGUACACACUACCCAAAACCCCUGGUGGGGACAGGGCUGACUUCUGGAGGUUCCGAGGUCUUCGCAGCUCCAAGAGGAAUCUGAGGAAGAGCCGAGAAGACCUCUCUGCUCAGCCUGUGCAGACUAAAUUCCCCGCUUAUGAAAGGGUCGUGCUCAGGGAGGCCGGAUUCUUGAGACCCGUAGUGAUCUUUGGGCCCAUUGCCGACGUUGCCCGAGAGAAACUUGCCAGAGAGGUGCCUGAUCUGUUUGAGCUAGCAAAGAGCGAGCCCAGAGACGCAGGAACAGACCAGCGGAGCUCUGGAAUCAUUCGCCUUCACACCAUCAAGCAGAUCAUCGAUAAGGACAAACAUGCAGUGCUGGACAUCACACCCAACGCAGUGGACCGGCUGAACUACGCACAGUGGUACCCCAUCGUUGUGUUCCUGAACCCAGACAGCAAGCAGGGGGUGAAAAACAUGAGGACCAGACUGUGCCCCGAGUCCAGGAAGAGUGCAAGGAAGCUGUAUGAGCGAGCACUCAAACUGAGGAAAAACAAUCACCACCUCUUUACUGCCACCAUAAACAUGAACAACAUGAAUGAGGGCUGGUACGGAGCGCUGAAGGAGACCAUCCAGCAGCAGCAGAACCAGCUGGUCUGGGUUUCAGAGGGCAAGGCGGAUGGUGCUCCUGAGGAUGAUCUGGAUCUUCAUGAUGACCGUCUAUCCUACCUGUCUGCUCCAGGCAGUGAGUACAGCAUGUACAGCACAGACAGCCGCCACACGUCUGACUAUGAGGACACGGACACAGAGGGUGGUGCCUACACCGACCAGGAGCUGGACGAAACAUUGAAUGACGAUGCAGGACCACCGUGCGAGCCAGCCAUCACCCGCUCGUCCGAGCCCGUCCGCGAGGAGCUGCCUGUCAUCCAGCAACCGCCCGGCUACCCCGCCUACCGGUCAGACGCACUGAGCCGAAUCGAGCCAGCUGGCUUCAAGGGCCCCGCGCCGCAGCAGAAAGCAGAGGCUGCUCUUCCUGAGCCGCUGACUGAGACAGCGCCCCCUGGUGCCCACCUUAAUGUAGCACUUCUGAGUGGUGCCACGGAGGGCCCAGCCGCCCCCCCACAGGGCGACCUAGCUCAGCCCCCAGCUCCUGAGCCCCUCCAAACCGGACAGCCCGGGUCAGAGCCCAAGAUGUAUCAGAAAGAGAUCUACAAUGUGGAUGAGCAAGUACGCGUCAGUCCUGGGCUGAAGCAGCCUGCCUAUAACUCCCAGCAACCCCUUUAUCAGGAAGAACAGCCAUACAGAGAUUAUGACCACCAGCCCUACCGCUACGACAGCGCCUACAUGGAACCAAAGGCUCGUAACUUUGACUCUCACUUGCAGUAUGACAGUCGUGUGCCUCCAUACGAAGAGCAGUGGCCUCCAUAUGACCACCAGGGGGAAGCGCCCCAGCAGUACGACCCCCGCCUGAACUACCAGGAUGGACCGGAUCGUGACUACAGCCCACCUCAGUCCCACUACGACACAGGCUACGACACGGGACGACCCCGCUACGGAAAGCCCGGACCAGCUCGUUAUGAUGAACCCCCUACCCUGGCCACAGGUGGCUUUGAUGGACGUUCACAUUAUGACCAUGAACCCCACCCCCUACCUUCAACCAUGUCCCGCUCCCCUGAACCCCCGAAACAGCAAUAUUAUGAGCCUCCACCUCCGAGGUCUGCCCAUGGCCAGCCAUCACAGAGGGGUUAUAUGAACUCAGAUGCCCCCCCACCACCUCCCAAACCCGAGCCCCUCCCAUCACCACCAGAUACAGCCGUCACCGCAGCAGCCUCUAAACCCCUCCCUCCUCCCCCACCAGAGACAGAGGAAGACCCAGCGAUGAAGCCACAGUCAGUGCUGACCCGGGUGAAGAUGUUUGAGAACAAGCGUUCAGUGUCUAUGGACCGGGCCAGAGAGUCUGCCGACCCCACAAUAAGGCCAGCAGACAUGGUUCCUAAACCAGGUGCAGCGUCCGUGCCCAAAGCCAACUCUUUGAGUAACCUCGACCAAGAGAAGACCUUCAGAGCGCCUGAGCCCCAACAGCCCCAGUCAAAAGCCGAUGACAUUGUUCGCGCUAACCACUAUGAUCCUGAUGAAGAUGAAGAGUACUACAGGAAGCAGCUGUCCUAUUUUGACCGCCGGAGCUUUGACAGCAAGCCCGCUACACAGCCACAGCCUGCCAACAAACCAGCACAACCACAGGCCCAGCCAGGGACCAACUGUCCUAGGGCGGACUCAGUGGACAAGGUCAGCCCUGUUCCCCAGGUAACCCCAGCUGCCGCUCCUCCAGCUCCGCCCCCUACUCUGCCCAAACCUGCUGCAGCGACACCUCCUCCAGACCCUCACGGAUCUCCCAAAGUGAAGCCCCCUGGUCGUGAGGACACAGUGCAGACCACAUUCCUUCCCCAGAAAAGCUUUCCAGAGAAAUCGCCUGUCAAUGGCACUGGUGACCCCCCGAAAACCGCCGGUGCACCUCCCCCCUCCUCCUACAACCGCUAUGUCCCCAAACCCUACACAGCCUCUGCCAGGCCCUUUGAGCGCAAAUUUGACAGUCCCAAAUUUAAUCACAACCUCCUGCCCAACGACACACAGGCCAAAGCCCCGGCUAAAACGCAGCAACCGCCGCCUCCAGAUCAUGACAGCGGCCUAGACACCUUCACCCGAACCACAGAGCACCGGCCCAAGUACCUGCAGAAUAACAUCAACGCCGUGCCCAAGGCCAUCCCUGUCAGCCCAAGUGCUCUGGAGGAUGAUGAAGAUGAUGAUGUUCACACGGUGGUGGCCACAGCGCGUGGCAUCUUUAACUGUAACGGCGGGGUCCUAAGCUCCAUAGAAACAGGAGUCAGCAUCAUCAUCCCUCAGGGGGCCAUCCCUGACGGUGUGGAACAGGAGAUCUACUUCAAAGUGUGUCGAGACAACAGCAUCCUGCCACCCCUCGACAAGGAAAAAGGAGAAACCCUGUUGAGUCCGCUGGUGAUGUGUGGUCCACAUGGUCUGAAGUUUCUGAAGCCCGUGGAGCUGCGCUUACCUCACUGUGCGUCUAUGACUCCUGAUGGUUGGUCUUUUGCUCUAAAAUCCUCCGACUCCUCGUCGGGUGACCCCAAGAAUUGGCAGAACAAAUCUCUCCCUGGAGAUCCAAACUACCUGGUAGGAGCCAACUGUGUGUCUGUGCUUAUCGACCACUUCUGAGGAGCCUGUUACUGAAUGUGAAUGCCAGGAUAAAAGAAAGAAAACACUCUUUCCCUCUCCAAACUACACACGUGCACACACACACACACACACACUGCCAUUAGGGAGGGGACGUUUUGGCAGUGAUAAAUGAAGGAUGACUGCGCUUUGAUUCUGUUUACUGUACCCAUGGAGACUGGAGGGAGGAUGACUUUUUCUGAAGUGCUGUUCUUCUUUUUCUUCUUCUUGAUCUUCUUUUCUUUUUAUAAGUGCUUAACAGCUCAAGAGUAAAUCA